UUUUUCCACGCGGGACGACAUUCCAUGCAUAAUAUUUGUAAAGCAAAUAAGCAUUUUUGAUGCUCAAACUCUCUUGAACGCAGUUAUAUUUUAUUGACAACGACAACUACGCAGUGAACGGGAAGGAAAUACUAAAAAUCAAGAAAUAGUUUGGCAAUAUAAAGGUAAAAUAUCAAUCGAAUUCUAAUCUACUUUAAUGUCGCAAUUAUCUAACAUAGAACGUUUCACACAAACGACAGUCUAGCGGUGAUAGGAACGUCAAUUGUUUGAGAAUUUUAAGUUGGCCAUAUCGGUCGAGUUUGGUUUGUGGUUACUCACAUGACACAAUUAUGGCAAGUUUAAUAUUAAAGAAUCCCAGUGCCCUGAUUAAACUAUGAUAAUUUCUUGACUCGUUUUGUCCAGUUACAGUACCUAGGAAAUCAAUAAACUUCACUUGAUAAGGGUCAAGUUCUCUAUAAAAAAUAUUUCACUUUUCGCUUUCCCAUUCCCUUAAUAGUUUACCCGAACUUGAGUAUUUCAAUUCAUGUGAUAUUCUAUCAAGUUAAACAUAAUUUAUAUUAACUUUGAACUGUGUAUCAAAUUUGUUAACUGACAUUUGUCUGUUGGUUGAAUUUGGGGAUAUUCAUAUAGUAUUUACAGCCUAUAGCGUCUUCAGCAUAUGAUUAAUUUUAGUUGAUCUAAGGUGUCUUUCUUGUCCUUCUAGGUUUCUUCAACUUGAGAAUAAGUUUGGUUUUAGUUAGGUUUUAUCAUUUGUUGAUGUUCAGUGUAUAAACAUAUCUCAAUGUCCAAAUACUUUGUGUCAUUUAAACAUAUACGAUAUUAACUGCCUUUGCCUGUGAUGAUCAAUAUUGGAUACUUGGUGUUGAUUGAUGUAAUAAUUUAUCCCUAAGUAGCAUACCCUUGGGCAAAUAUAACCGAACGUCUAAAAUCGACAACCAAAGCAAAAUAACCAAUAAAAAAAUACCUUGUCUGGCAGAAAGAAAUACUAAAUGACUGGCUGUUUGUCAUUACUGUACAUAUUUAUUAGAAAACAAACUCAUUCUAAUGUUAAAGAAACAAUUUGAGAGUUAAAACUACAUGGAAAAAAUUUGAAAAGGAAAAAGGACAAAUUCAGUAAGGCAAAAAAAAACCCAGCGCAAAGCAGGAUCGACACAGGAACUUAGAACUUCAUAGUCGCACAUCUUAACCACCGUGCCACUAACAAGCUUGCUGCCCAACUUCACAAAAUAACCCAUUUUCAGUUGAAAUGAAAUGGACCUACUGUACCUCAGUGUCACAUAGCUUGCAAGGGGAAAUGGCAAGUGAGCUACAGUACUUGUGGGAGACUGGGACCGGUAAUUUGUUUCCAGUAAUUAGGGAGUAAAUCCAUUUAUCAAGUCAAAUCCAAGUCCUUAUCCCAUACCUGUGUUAAAAGCGGCUUUCUGAUUGGUUUAGAGUAGGUGAGCUUGUCGUCGAGCUCACCUGCUUUUUGCCGAACUCACCUGCUUUUCGCCCGAACUCACCCGCUAAACUGCUUACGUUGCAAUAACAAUAACAAAUAUGGCGGACAAGAUUUAGCCGAUAAACCUAAACUUUAAAUUAAAGAACUUUUUUCGGUGACUAACAUACCGAGACUGAAGAAAAACCAAAGAAAAAAUGCAGUAAAGGUAAUUUAGACGUAGAUAAAGAAGUAUUUUCUUGCCCAGUGAUUUUUUUGGCCGGGAAAAUGUUCACAAAACAUCGACGAAUAUAUCGCGAAGAGCUACAAAUGUGUGUAUGGCUCGGUGUAUGGGAUAAAAACCAAACGUACUUGCAGGUUCGGUGAGUCCGGGAUUGGACGCACCUCGGGUGGCUGGAAGUUUCCCAAACUCACCUCGCUUCGCUCGGUAAGUUCGGGAAACUUCCAGCCACCCUCGGUGCGUCCAAUCCCGGACUCACCUCCCUGCAAGUACGUUUGUUAUAUUAUCCCAUACCUGUGUUAAAAGCGGCUUUCUGAUUGGUUUAGAGCAGGUGAGCUUGUCGUCGAGCUCACCUGCUUUUUGCCGAACUCACCUGCUUUUCGCCCGAACUCACCCGCUAAACUGCUUACGUUGCAAUAACAAUAACAAAUAUGGCGGACAAGAUUUAGCCGAUAAACCUAAACUUUAAAUUAAAGAACUUUUUUCGGUGACUAACAUACCGAGACUGAAGAAAAACCAAAGAAAAAAUGCAGUAAAGGUAAUGUAGACGUAGAUAAAGAAGUAUUUUCUUGCCCAGUGAUUUUUUUGGCCGGGAAAAUGUUCACAAAACAUCGACGAAUAUAUCGCGAAGAGCUACAAAUGUGUGUAUGGCUCGGUCAGCCUCGGUGUAUGGGAUAAAAACCAAACGUACUUGCAGGUUUGGUGAGUCCUGGAUUGGACGCACCUCGGGUGGCUGGAAGUUUCCCGAACUCACCUCGCUUCGCUCGGUAAGUUCGGGAAACUUCCAGCCACCCUCGGUGCGUCCAAUCCCGGACUCACCUCCCUGCAAGUACGUUUGUUAUAAAGUCAAACACCCGGAGUCACGUAAAUUAAAAAAAAAAUUGAAUAAAAUUCACAGUCGAAUAGGGUUAGGUUUAGGGUAUACUAAGUCAUUGGACCGACAAAGACAGCUAAACAGUGACUAGGACAUUUGACUGACUCGGACUCGGAAAACUCGGUUAACUGACAAACUCCGAAAUUGAAUAAAAUUCACAGUCGAAUAGGGUUAGGGUACGUUAGGAGUGGGGUUAGGAUUAGGGUACUACUAGUGGUCUUUGUAGUUCAAUGACUUGACUCGGACAUUUGCCUCGGGCUCGGAUUUGACUCUGACUUGGAUUUAACUCGGUUAACCGACAAACUCAGUAAUUAGGCCUCUGAUGACUCAUCAAGUCAAUUAUUAAUUGGCAAGAAGAAAGUCAAAAAUGAGGUUAUUUUAAAUAGAUGUUUAAGCAAGGUUAACGGCAGAUGUAUUAUGCAUGCAUGUUGAUCGACUUCCGUUUGGAAGCCCAUGACGUCACAGCCAUUAAGGGGUUUGUGGUGCAUGAUCGGAUCAAUUGCCUAGUUUUGCCUUGUUGUGGCAAGUUGCGCUUGUUUCCCCCAAGUUGCCCUUGUUACCCCUUUGUCCUUUCCCCACCCAAUUUUUGUUUUAUUUAAACUUUGUUAGUUCAACAUUCGAGUACCAUGUACAGACCACUAUAGAUUGUAUUUUUUCCAAUGACUCGUCAAUGUGACAGGUGCUGGAGGGAUGUCUUGGCAGAAUUGUCAUGGCAAACUCCUUUGCUGCUCUGUUCCUAAUCUGUUGGCAUGGCAAUAUGUCUUGCCAGCAAAAUAUAAAUGUUGCAGCCUUUGACCACAAACGGCACCUACCUCCAAACAUUAAUACUACAGUCAAACCUCUAUUAAGCGGCCCUCCAAUGAGCGGUCACCCUCUAUUAAACGGCCACAUAUCGAAAGUCCCCAUUUUUGUAAUACAAAUGCUAUAAACUUCCCUCUAUUAAACGGCCACAUCUAUUAAGCGGCCACGGCCACCCAAAGAGCGGUCCCAAAUGAUGUUUUAUGUCAAUUUUUACCUCCAUUAAACGGCCUGCCUGCAGGAUUUUCUUGGCGCAACACCUUCGGUUAAUAUUUAUUGAUAAGUCAUAAUUUAAAGUUUGCAAUUGUAUGUGUUUCAAAUUUCCAACACAUCAUGAAUUUUGUUACAGACUAUAUAUUUAACUCACUAGGUUGCAAUUUGCAAUUAUUGUUGGUGAAUAAACCGGCGGAUCAAUGGAAAUGAGACCUUUGUAUGGCGAAAAAGGAGUGGGAGUGCAGAAUGGCCAGAAUGGUAACAGCAGGCCAUUUAUUCCAUCUAGUUCACAAAAAAUGAUGAUCCCUGGAAGAAGCAGGUAUGUAAAAAAAUUAGAAAAUUGUCACAUUUAGAAAAUCAGCAGGUGUUUUACAGAUCUGUUCAAUCAGGUGCUUGAUCAUGCAUAGUAUGCCUCAAAACAAGUGUAUGCACACCUUUGGUCAGUGAGUGCAUGUUUUGCCAAGAUCAUCAAACACUUUUAAUGAUACGGUGUAGCUCGAACAUGGUUGCUAUUGGUCUGGUACUGUUAUUACAUGUAGGCAUUUCUCAAACCUCAUACCAGGCACUGUGUUAUUAUUUAUAGCAGGUUGAGAAAAAAGGCCAUUGACUGUACACAAUAGCAGUUGGUGCUUUCCUGACUCUACAUGAUGCUAUGAACUUUGUCCGUAAUUAUUAGCAUUAUAUGUAAUUAUGCUUUGAAUAUUCUACACGGAUGUUUCAGCAUAAGUUAUACAUUAUAUGGUGCUUUGAACAAUCUGCAGUACAUUACUAUGGACAUUAUGUUACUGUACUGUAUGUCUCCUCGGUGCUUUUAGCAUUAUGCAAUCCCAUGUAUGUGGUGCUAUCAACAUAAGGCCGGUUUACACGACUAGUGUUUUGGGCACGGCACCCCUAAAAAUGGGCACCCGUGCCCAAAAUUUUAGGCACGGCACCUCUGCCUUUUGGCGUGUAAACGUGACAAAAAUCGGCACCGGUGCCGCAAAAUUUAAACGUGCCGAGACUUUCUCACGAGGUAGUCUCGGCACGUCUAGCAAGGGGUGCCGUGCCCAAAUUUCGAAAAAAAAUAAAAAAUGUGUUCGACAUCGAGCAUGCGCAAAACAAAUUGUCCUCUUUCCAACAUGGCAGCAAGCGGCGAAACUAAACUUACUACAACUUGCCAAAAAAAAAACAAAGUUAAAAAACAAAUUUAACACAGAAUGUGAAUGUUGCUCUAGUUGACUCGGAAAUUUUGAUACCACUGUUCGUCUCUGAAUAGAGCAGUAACUAGAUCGUAGCAAAUAGCUGUCGUUCGAUGCGUCCAUACCUCUCAAAUUCGUGGCGGGUGAAUACAAGAUGGCACAACACUAUGCGAGAAAACAACUCCUUUCGUCUUUAAGGGCCUGUUCAUAUGGGCAAAGGUUAUCCCGGUUAACGAGAAAACUUUUCGACUAGCCAAAUAUACUUUUGUUCUGUUCACAUGCGUGGAGAAACGUUAUUCCGCUUACCGGGUAAAGUUUCCGGCUGUGACAUAGCACUGAAUAUCAAUUGAAUUGAAAAGUUACUGACACGACAGAAAGCUAUCCUGCCAAGCGGGAACUAGAGUUGUGUUCGUAUGGGAAAAACAUUAUCACUUGACAAGCGAGAUCUCGGUACGUACACGGGAAAACGUUUUGUAGUCUUAUAUGAACGCAGUGUAAACUAACUUUUCAUAUUAUUUUCAUACCAAGGCGAGAUCUUGCUUGUAAACUUUUCGAAAAGUCUUUUCACUAACCAGGAUAACUUUUGCCCAUAUGAACUGGCCCUUAAAGUACGUUCCUAGUAUUGAAUUGGUUUUUCCCUCGAUUUUCGGCUCAUAUAAUAUUCUUCUUCGUUCCAAUAAAUAUUUAACAAUUAUUCGCCGAAGGCGAAGUGAUUACCGGUGAAUAUUCACCGAGACGAAGUCGAGGUGAAUAUUCACCGUAAUCACUGAGCCUGAGGCGAAUAAUUGUUUUAGUAUAAAUUUUUAAUGAAUAAAACAAAAUAUCCAAGAUAUCCAACUAUAAGUUUAAUUAAAAUUCAGAAAUAAAACUGUUUUCGACCGGUUUACGGUUUAGUGUUGCAGUGUUUCUUGUACACGCACGCUUUCAAAAUGGCUUCCUGUGCGACUUUAUUGCUUUAUUACAAAGUUAUUUUUCUCGAUUUCUGCUUAGAAUAUAAACACAAUGAUGGAUGACUUUUUUACCAGACUUAGAAUUAAAAAAUAGUUUCUGUUUAGCAUUAAUUUGUUCAGGAAAUGGCUGAGAAAUUUGGUAAAAUGAAAUGUAAAACUAUAUCGUUCGAAUUAAUAUAAAAGUUUUAAUACACUUUUCACGUUACAAGUUUUAAAAACACAAAUAGUACAAUACAGCGAAAGGACACCAUACAGCACAAUGAAAAUACGACAUAGUCAAAAGAAAUAGUAUCGUACAAAUUGAGAUAUUUAUAGGAUACAAAACAAAAUUGUUUUAAAAAGAAUAUCACGGCUUUUCCCAAAAGUCGGGAUAUUUUUUGCCAUUUCAGAUUUACGUUUGAAGCGAAUGUUUCGGAGUUUUAAAUAAGUUUUAAAUUGUCCGUGAAUAUGUUUGACACAGUAAUAUAAUACUAAAUCCUACCUUUCAAGUUAAAUACAACAUUUUGUGCUUUUUUUCUUUUUCUGGGACGAUUUUUUCAAUAUUUUGUCGAUUUUGAAACCAAAUUUGCCGAAUCAUUCUUUUUGAAAAGCAUUAUUUACUACCCAGGUGGUAAAUAAUGCCUCAGAUUUACUAGUCAACUAGCCAAUCAGAACGCGCGAAAGCUCAUUUGAUAUGCAAAAUUUAUACUAAAUAUAUAUAUAUAUAUAUAUAUAUAUAUAUAUAUAUAUAUAUAUAUAUAUAUAUAUAUAUAUAUAUAUGUAUAUAUAUAUAUAUAUAUAUAUAUAUAUAUAUAUAUAUAUAUAUAUAUUUAGUAUAAAUUUUGCAUAUCAAAUGAGCUUUCGCGCGUUCUGAUUGGCUAGAUGACUAGUAAAUCUGAGGCAUUAUUUACCACCUGGGUAGUAAAUAAUGCUUUUCAAAAAGAAUGAUUCGGCAAAUUUGGUUUCAAAAUCGACAAAAUAUUGAAAAAAUCGUCCCAGAAAAAGAAAAAAAGCACAAAAUGUUGUAUUUAACUUGAAAGGUAGGAUUUAGCAUUAUAUUACUGUGUCAAACAUAUUCACGGACAAUUUAAAACUUAUUUAAAACUCCGAAACAUUCGCUUCAAACGUAAAUCUGAAACAGCAAAAAAUAUCCCGACUUUUGGGAAAAGCCGUGAUAUUCUUUUUAAAACAAUUUUGUUUUGUAUCCUAUAAAUAUCUCAAUUUGUACGAUACUAUUUCUUUUGACUAUGUCGUAUUUUCAUUGUGCUGUAUGGUGUCCUUUCGCUGUAUUGUACUAUUUGUGUUUUUAAAACUUGUAACGUGAAAAGUGUAUUAAAACUUUUAUAUUAAUUCGAACGAUAUAGUUUUACAUUUCAUUUUACCAAAUUUCUCAGCCAUUUCCUGAACAAAUUAAUGCUAAACAGAAACUAUUUUUUAAUUCUAAGUCUGGUAAAAAAGUCAUCCAUCAUUGUGUUUAUAUUCUAAGCAGAAAUCGAGAAAAAUAACUUUGUAAUAAAGCAAUAAAGUCGCACAGGAAGCCAUUUUGAAAGCGUGCGUGUACAAGAAACACUGCAACACUAAACCGUAAACCGGUCGAAAACAGUUUUAUUUCUGAAUUUUAAUUAAACUUAUAGUUGGAUAUCUUGGAUAUUUUGUUUUAUUCAUUAAAAAUUUAUACUAAAACAAUUAUUCGCCUCAGGCUCAGUGAUUACGGUGAAUAUUCACCUCGACUUCGUCUCGGUGAAUAUUCACCGGUAAUCACUUCGCCUUCGGCGAAUAAUUGUUAAAUAAUUCUAUUUCUGGCCGGCAUAUUUAUUCUUUAAAAUAUACCGUCGUAAACGGAAAAUAGAGCCGGGUGCCGUUCUCCGAUGGGCACGCACUGAAUAUCAAUUGAAUUGAAAAGAUGCUGAUACGACAGAAAGUUAUCCCGUUAAGCGGUAAAGUUCUGAUAUGGGAAAAACAUUAUCCCGGUCACCGAGAUCUGGUUUGUCAACAAGCGAGAUCUCGUGAAAACUUUUUGUCUCAUAUGAACGCAGUGUAACUUUUCAUAUUAUUUUCAUACCAAGGCAAGAUCUCGUUUGUAAACUUGUCGAAAAGUUUUCUCGCUAACCGGGAUAACUUUUGGCCAUAUGAGCUGGCUACUUUUCUAGUAUUGAAUUGUUUUUUCCCCUCGAUUUUCGGCUCAUAUAAUACUCUUCUUCGUUCCAAUAAAUAUAAAUAUAUAAUUCUAUUUCUGUCCGACGUAUUUAUUCUUUAAACUAUACCGUCGUAAACGGAAAGUAGAGGUGCCGUUUUCCGAUGGGCACGGUGCCUAUCAUAAAAGUGUGUUUACAAAAUGUUGUCGUGUAAACGAGUAAAUAGCGAAGUGGCGGUUUUGGCACGGUGCCCAUUUUCAGGGGUGCCGUGCCCAAAACGCUUGUCGUGUAAACCGGCCUAUAAUAUUAUACUGCAUGAUGUGCUAUGCAUAUUAUAGUGAGUACUAAAAACAUACAUACAUGAUUGUUUUGACAAUAUAUGUAGUUGUUUCAACAUUAUAUGCAGUGUAUUGAACAUAUUAAAUGAUUAAUAUAUGCAGUGCUGCAGAGGCUGUGGAAGCAUUUUGAAAGUGAAGGGGCAUUGGCCAGAAAGGGCACUUUUGUAUAUGAUCAAAAUCAAAAGAUUUUAUUUCUUUCACGAGCCGGACAAAAAUUUUUUGAAAAUAUGGAAUCCCCAUAACGUUGGACUAAUGGCCUUAUAGAGACUUUACUACUGCCAAAAAGGCACUUUCUUUCCAGGAAAAGAGGGUGUUCAUUCAAGAAAUUCUUCUUUAAUUUGUUCUUUAAAUGAGGCACUUUAGCCCAGAAAAAAGGCACUUUUUUACUCCCCGGUUCCAUGGCCCCUGCAGUGCUGAGAACAUUAUAUGUAUCUGUAAAUACUGCUUUCGGCAUAAGCUGUGCUUUCAACAUGAUAUGAUAUGCAGUGGUUUGGCCAUUAUACACGGUGCUUUUAGCAUCAUUACUCUACAGUAUAUACUUAGUUAGCCAGUAUAUUUAGUCAGUGUUUACAUAGAGUCCAGGCCUCGAAUUUCCCUGAAAUCAAUCGACGGCAAUGGCGUUAAAAAUUGCCGUAGAACGUAACAGCUGUCUACGGCAAUUUUGGCAGUUUCCACGGCAUUUUUCAAAUUAGUAAUAAAACUUUAAUUUUAUUGUCACUUUGGAUUUUUGACAAACUAGAAACAUGUCUACGUAUUUCUUUAGUGUUUUUUUUUUCGAAGAAAACUGAGACUAAAAUAGUGAUUUACGCAUGAUUUGAUCAACAUCUGAAUUCAAGUAUCUAAGUGGUAAUGCACAGACUACACGGCAAAAAAUUGCCGUCGUUGCCGCAAUGAUCCGCGGCAUUUUGUUCUCCCUCUACGGCAAUUGCCGCGAUAAAAUUCGAGCCCUGAUAGAGUCAUAGACAUGUGUGUGGUACUUGCAUGAUGCUUUUAAUGUAUCAUCACAACUACAGUAGGCUAAUUCUCGCGGCUCAUUCAUUUAUAAGUUUUGCAGUGUUGACCAGACUUAAUAUUCCGGCAUGUUUUGUCGAGAAGAAGUUCAUUUUAUUAUCUCUUUCGUUGAUUUUAUUUUAUAUAAUACCUUAUUGAAUUCUGAUCGUUUAAUUGGCUGUUUAUGGUCACGUGAUAUUGAAUAGAAAAUUCCAUUUCCCAAGAGUGCAAUGGAAUACGUUCCAUUGCACUCUUGCGAGUGCAAUUGUACUAUACGUUUUAUUCCAUUGCACUCUUUGUGUUUUCGAUAAAUCGCAUCCGCCAAAAUGCUCCUCGUACGGUAAUUGCAGUUUAUUUUAACCCGAUUUUCGAAACUCAGUAAAUGGGAUUUAAUGCAAAUACAUGACUCGUCAAAAUGGCUGGAGCUUACAGUAAACUUUUUAAUAUUAGUCUAUUUUUGGUAUUAUAUAAAACAAAUAAUGAAUGUUUUUAUUCGUGCAAUGGUAAGAAUAUUUUCAUUCGGUGAAAGAUGGAAUGUUCCAUUCAACUCGGCUGUCGCCUCGUUGAAUGGAACAUUCCAUCUUUCACCUCAUGAAAAUAUUCUUACCAUUGCACUCAUAAACAUUCAUUAUUUGUAUAAUAUCUAAUUGUAUCCAGGGAUGGAGAAAAUAAACGAGCAUGCGAGCACUGCUCGCAGGAAAUGUUAAAUAGCUGCAGGAAAUUCGUUUGAAUGAAGAUUUGCUAUUGAAAAUUUGAAGGAAACCUUAACACCCAUGUCCCACUAUGGGCGCAACAACAUAUUGUUGACAGACAUUGUUCCUUGAAUUUUAAACACUAUAUGUUUAAUAUGCACAUGAUUUAGCACAAAAUUACUUUGUAGGUCAAAAAGAAAUUCAUGUCUCCAGGUUUUGCUCCCAGGAAGAAAAUUUUUUCCUGCCCUGAUUGUAUCUGUAAUUAUUGUGAAUAAUCAUGGAACAAAUACUGGAAUCUUUAAACGUGGGAACAUUGGUUGGGCACUUUUAACUGCAGACGACGACAGCAUCAGUUUUAUAGUGUAGCAAUAUAGAAGGCAUUCAUAGAUCCUGUACAGAGAGAUUAGAUUCAGAUCAUGGAGAAACAAACAACGAAAAUACAGAUAACAGUACUGUGCCUGUGGUAUUUUAGCAGCCAUAGCAGGCUGUGACAAAAUAUUUGUCUUCCUGGCAGCAGGCUUUCAUGCCCAAAACAUUUCCUGCCAAAUUUCAACUUCUAACAUGCAGUGUGUGCUUUCAGUAGAACCAAUAAAUACAAUUAUAAACGAUAGUUGCACAAAUCACCCAACCCCAGAAAAUGUCAGGUAGCCAGGCUAUUUUGAAAAGAAAAAAAAAACACAUUCAAAUUCACUCAAAAGUGUGAGGUCAAAAAAAUUUCCUGGUAUCAGACAUCCUGAAGCCUGUUAUUUCAGUUACUAUGCCCAGUGUCACCAACUUUGCAUCGGCUUUUUUUAUUACAGCUUGCAUUUCCUAGACUACCAUUCAAAUUUACUAGAAGAACUUUGGAAUUCCGUGUUCAGUUAAUAACUGCAAGAUCUCAACAGUUUAAAGGGGCAGUGUCACGGCGCUGAUUGGCUAAAAUAAACGGCUCAAAGAAACAUUUAAAACUAAUGCUACAUGAUUGGAAAAGAUGCAGCAGUCUUCAAUUUUUAAAACAAAGCGAGGAUGUCCUGCAUAACGAAGGGAUUAUAAAUAGUUUCAAGUUCGCGCAUAGUUUGGAUGCGCAGUAGAACCGUGACAUUGCCCCUUUAAGUAUUUAAGUGUGCACACAUUUCGAAUUCUUCAUACUGUAUGUUUUCAGCUCCUGGCCAUCUUUAAACGCCUGCCAGAUCCUAUGCCGCGAGCAUUCGAUCACUUACGACAGUCAUGGCUUUCCAUAGUCUUGAGUCACUGAGGAACAAUAUUUGUGAGAUGCCUUUAUUGGGUAAUAUAGAGGAGAUCACACUAGGCCAAGAUUUAGAGUGCAUUGCGCUGAUCUACAGUAUAGAAUUUUGAUUUUUUCACUUCUCUUUGGAAAACUUGACCACUGUUAGUUCAUCUAAAUUGCAAUUACUUACUGUAAUAUAAUUAUGUUUAGAUUUGGUACUUACCAACCAACCCAUAGUGACAAAGCCAUCUUGGGGUUUGCAAUUUUAGUAAAUUGUUUAUUACUGGUAAGUACUAUGUACAGUAUAGUUUAUUCAAUACCAAUUAAUGUUGAUUUACUCAAAAAUCAAAGUUGUUUGACUUCAGACUAUGUCUGCACGUUUAGAAAAGUGAUUAAUUCAAUCCCACCCUUACUAGCACAUGUUUCUUCAGGCAACACCAUUCGUAGUAGCUCCUGCUGUCCUAAUCCUUCAAAAACGUUGCUGUUGCAAGCCCAAGAUACUUAGGGUUUCCAAUAGAAGCCGCACCCGGCGAAUUUCACUGUUAUAUAGUGUAGACAAUUAGCGACUUUUUUGUUCUUCCCAUGCUCAUGACGUCAUACUGUGUAUCUAUAACUGAACAGACAACGGCAAAAUCGUAUCUGUUUGUUAACUAUAAAGCAGCUCAUUCAGUGUUAACCCCCGUAAUUUAAACGCAGUCUAUUGCACCUUUAUAUGCAAUUACAGAAUACUUACUUUAAAUGAUUACUGUCAAACGCAUGUCAAAUAACAGAUUUCUUUUUAAAUACGGUGCAUUAUACUGUAAUUUACAUUUAUAUUCGGCAAAAACCCCCAGAUACUUUUAACAAUAAUAUUUUAUGGCGUCAUGUCGAUCUCGCCGCCUCUGCGUCACAGUCUACUCUCCUUGUUGAAAUUGCGAUGAACCCUGGUUUCUUUAAUAGCCCGAUAUGCUGGUAACCACGUACACAAUGUUAUUCAAAUUACAAAAGUAUGUUAAUUAGUUUGAUGACGUGAUAACGUAGCAAUUACGCGAAGAGCAUAAAGAAAAUCUUUAUAGUGGGGGAAAUGUGAGUCCUAUAAAUAGAAAUCCUUGUUAUGAAGCUGGAAUUCAAAGUGUAUAAGUUGGCAUUCAGAGUUAUAGGGUUGGCAUUUAAAAUCCAGGUACUAGGUAGCUGUAUUAAAACUAGCAUCUUUAUAUAUAAUAUAUAUAUAAUGUAAUACGUACUGUACCUGUUCGAGUCUUGAUUUUCAGGAACUUUAAUAAGCCCGUUUUCCACUUCCCCCGUAUCGUAACGUACCGGUGAGCAUGCGCAGCCUGAAGACGGGUUUUCAAAUUUGCGUACUUCCGGCUGAUUUGCGUAUCAAAAUAAAACGUUAUGCGCAAGUCAACCUUUUGGCAUAAGCAAUCAACAGUCACUAAUUUUUGAAAUUUAAGAUUUGUUUUGAUACGUGUCGGUACAUUACGCUUGAAAUGGAAAACGCCUUUAUGUUUUGAUGUUUUAAAAUGUAUUACUUUUGUUCGUAGAUCCUCGCAUUAGGAGCAUUAUUUGUUGGAAUAUUUCUCAACACCUACAGAGGCAGUUAUGCAGAUUUAUGUUCUGAUAAUGAAUGGUUUGUUGCCGCUGGAUGUAUGCUUGCUGUCGGAUCUCUUCUCCUAAUUUUUGUUAUUCUUUCUUUUGUUGCAAUGUGUUACAAAAGCUCAAGAUUGCUGUCAGCGGUAAGUUUAUGUAGUUUUAAUCUGUCUGAUUUAGGAUUUUAAUAUAAUGUACUGUACAAUUUGCGCGCCUUUUGAUAACUACUCCCAAAUAAACCACAGAUUUGGAGCAUGUCAAAUAGAAGUCCAGUUUUAGUAUAGUGUUCUAAAUUAAAAUAGGUUGUCAGCGUGUUUCAGCUCAGUGUGUUUGAACUACCUGAAAAAGAUAUCUUAUAUAUACUGUAUAGAUAUAUAACUCAAUGUCAACACGGAAGAUUUAUUUCUUUAUAUUUCUUUGCGCUAUAUUAUAAAAAAUAUAUAAAACAUUUUUCCGUAUUGAUAAACAGUCGUAUCAACAUUCGUGGAAAUUGGGAAAACUCGAAAUUGUGUGAAAACACUCCGCCCUUUGGAGUUUGGGCGUCGUGUUUCCACACAAUUUCUCGUUUUCCCCAUUUCUACUCGUAUUGAUAUACGGAAAAUGUUUUAUAUUAAUUUUGUUACCCACUGUAAUUGCUAUGAAACUCGUUAUGAGACAGUUUAUGGGAUAUAGCCCGCUAGCUGAAACACUGAGUUCUGAUUGGCUCAUGAGUGAGCGUGAUUAUGUUCGGACACCGCAAAGUCGGGAACUACAUUUUCUGUUUAAAUUGAAAUCCAACAAAAGCGUCAUUAUAUUCUACUCCAUGCCCCAGUCUCAGUUGGACCCACAGAGAUUUCGGUUUUAUACUGGGUGGUGCAAAAAAAGUUGCCCUGUUUGAUUUAUUUUACAGUAACUUAAAACUAAAAGAGCUAUAAUUACACCUAAACUACGUGCACUGCAUUCAGUGUGGUCUAACCUAAAUUUUGAUAUACGCCCUGUGCAUUUUCGUGCAAAUAUUGACCGAGAGAGCUGCGUUUAAACUUGAAUAAACAUUUUGGGAAGUGUCGAGAAUUAGCUAAAAACGGCUUGUUCAACUAAUUUGAUAACCGUUACCAUUUUAUCGUAAAUAUUCGUUUCAAUGAAGUGAAGUUUAAAUUAUAAUUGUUUAUUGGAUGGAUGUGCUCUUUUAUUUUUUUAAGGUCUUUGGGAAUGCAUGAAAAUUAACUUAUGAAGCGAUUUUGAUUAAAAGAUUUAUUCUAAAUAUUCAAUGACCCUGGGGAAUCAAAUUCCUCGUUUAACGAAGGACCAAAGAGUUUCAAGGGUAACUACAGGUAAUGCUCGUGAGGUUAUACCGGCGGCGUUGGUCUCUGAAAAAGGGUGGGAAAGGGGGGGGGGUAUGGAUCACGUUUCACAACGAAAAAAAGCCGUUUCACGAUUCACGUGUCUUAAAAAAGCAAUUUCACGGAAAACUAGAUUCUCAUAAAAUAAUAUAAUAAUAAUAGGUUUAUUAAGACUAUGUUUAAUGCAUGGUACAGUAUAGUAUCUACGCUUUAAGUUCUCUCAUUUCUCUACCUAUCAGUUAAAAACUACAUCAUAACUUACAAGUAUGAGUGACGAGAAUGUACGACGACCUCCGCGCGUGUCCUCAGCGUGAGGAACCUUGUCCUCAGCGUGAGGAACCUUGUCCUCAGCGUGAGGAACCUUGUCCUCAGCGUGAGGAACCUUGUCCUCAGCGUGAGGAACCUCGCAAAAGGCCUCCGAAGUUUUUACUCUUGUGCAAUCGAGUGAGAUAAUAUAAAUUUGAUUAUCGCGUAUCACGUUUAUUAUAAAAUAGAUCGAAAUAAACAAAGCAAAAUCACUGUUCACGAAACAGACAUCCUGAAUUCUUAUUUCACGGAGCAUUUCUAUUAACAAUCACGCCUCACGGCUGUAGAACAAAUCACAUUUCACGACACUAAAAUCAAGCAUUUCACAUUUCACGCGAACAAAUAUUGACCAUUCACGGCUCACGAAAACACCCUUUCCCACCUUCUAAUGAGGUUUAUCAUCACAUUAUCUAUUGUCUUAAUUGCAUUCGAAGCGACCAAAAUUCGACGUAUAAAACGGGCUUUAGAAUCUUUGCUUGGACAAACACAUGCAAAUCUUCGUUAGCGCUUCUAACUUCGGCUGAGCUACUUCUUAUUUCGGUGCCUUCUUUCCACACAUGAACUGCCCAAAUGUUGUUGUAUCUUGUGCCUACGGUAUACGUGUAAUAUAUUCAUUUUUCAGGCCCGCUUCUGA